GCUGCUGCGGCAUCGCAUAAUCAGCGCGUAUCGCCUACCGCGGGGCUUUCAUCCACUGCCAGCUUGACUACAACGCCAAAAGUUGACUCAAGAAAGAUGCACUCAAGAUUAGUUAUCAUUGGUUCGGGGCCUGCAGGCCACACCGCAGCCAUCUAUGCGGCGCGCGCCGAUUUAAAGCCCGUCAUGUAUGAGGGCUUCCUCGCGCUCGGCAUUGCAGCAGGCGGUCAAUUGACCACUACGGACGAAGUGGAGAACUUUCCCGGAUUCUCAAAGAUCCAGGGAGGGAAACUCAUGGAGCAAAUGCGCGAACAGUCCGAAGCCUGCGGCACCGAGAUCAUCUCCCAAACCGUUGCCAAAGUCGAUCUGAAAGCACGCCCUUUCAAAUUCUGGCUACAUCCCAUGGGCGACGACGAGGAAAUCGAAGAGGAGGAACACACAGCUGAUUCUUUGAUCAUUGCAACAGGCGCAAAGGCCAGGAGAUUGGAUCUACCAGGAGAGAACAAGUACUGGGGUAACGGUGUCUCUGCGUGUGCAGUCUGCGACGGGUCUCUGCCUAUGUUUAGGGACCAGCCACUGGUCGUCAUUGGAGGCGGCGACUCUGCCGUCGAAGAGGCGUUGUAUCUUACAAAAAAGGCGAAGAAGGUCACCGUUCUUGUGCGAAGAGACCAGCUCCGAGCGAGCAGGACAAACGCCCGACGGUUGACUACGCAUCCGAAGAUCCAGAUUCUGUACAACACGAGUGCGUCUGAGAUCAAGGGCGAGGACAAGAAGAACGGCCUCAUGACACAGUUGGUAGUCAAGAACAAUGUUACAAAGGAGGAACAGACUAUCGAUGCAAAGGGCUUAUUCUACGCCGUCGGCCAUGACCCUGCAACGGAACUUUUCAAGGGACAGCUCGACAUGGACGAGGAUGGUUACCUCAUCACGAAGCCUGGGCAAGGUCUCACUAGCGUUGAGGGGGUCUUUGCAGCUGGUGAUGUCCAAGACAAGCGGUAUCGUCAAGCCAUCACCAGUGCAGGAUCUGGAUGUGUUGCCGCCCUCGAAGCCGAGAAAUGGCUCGCCGAGGAGGAUGACAGCGUCGGGAAUGAACUGGAGACCGAGAAUCAAACCGAGAAAUCUCAGACUAACGGCGUCGUCCCCGAGUACCACUCCAACCCGCUCUUGUAAAUUCUCUCGCAUAACGGACCGCUAAUCUACAACCCUCCCGUACUAUCAUAUCCUAUCGACUAUGCCUAGGC